AGAGGCAUGGCUUGUGAAAAAAGCAAGAUACUGAUAAUUGGAGCAACUGGGUAUCUUGGGAAAUACAUGGUGAAUGCCAGCGUUUCUAUGGGCCAUUCAACCUUUGCCUUUGUUCGUCCUCUCAAGCCAAAUGCUCAUCCUUCCAAGCUACAACUUCACCAAGAAUUCCAAUCCAUGGGAGUCACUGUAUUCCAAGGAGAGAUUGAUGAGCAUGAGAAAUUAGUUUCAGUGCUUCGACAAGUAGAUGUUGUGAUUUCUACUCUUGCAAUUCCUCAACAUCUUCAACAACUCAAAUUAAUUUCUGCAAUAAAAAAAGCUGGCAACAUAAAGAGAUUUGUUCCAUCGGAAUAUGGUAAUGAAGUUGACAGGGUAAGCGCACUCCCUCCUUUUGAAGCUGUGCUUGAAAACAAGAGGAAAAUUAGAAGGGCAACCGAAGAAGCUGGAAUAUCAUAUACUUAUGUCUCCGCAAACUCAUUUGCAACUUAUUUUGUCCAUUAUCUUCUCCAUCCAAACGAGCAACGCAAUGAAGUUAUAGUUUAUGGAAGUGGUUUAAUUAAGGCUGUGUUGAAUUAUGAGGAAGAUGUUGCAGCCUAUACAGUCAAAGCAGCAACAGAUCCAAGGGUUGCCAAUCGUAUAAUAAUCUACAGGCCCCCAGGGAACAUUGUAUCACAAUUAGAUUUAAUUUCUGCUUGGGAGAAGAAAACCGGAAGAAAUUUGAAGAAGAUUCAUGUUGCUGAGGAAGAAAUCAUAAAACUUUCUGAGGUCACACCACCACCGGGGAAUGUCCCUCCUGCAAUUUUGCACAACAUAUUUAUCAAAGGUGAUCAAAUGAGUUUUGAACUAACUUCAGAGGAUUUGGAGGCCUCCCAGCUAUACCCUGAAUACAAGUACACUUCAGUUGAUGAACUUCUGGACAUUUGCUUGGUUAAACCCACGAAGGUCAAAUUGGCUACAUUUUAAGAUUGCAUUUGGUUAGGGCUCU